AUGACUGUGUCGCGCCACUGGGUAUCGCAGGUAAAGACGAUUAUCUCGCCGCUUCUCCCUGAGCUACACAAGGGCCAGGCAGGUCGCGUAUGCGUGCUGGGCGGAUGCCGUGAGUACACGGGCGCGCCGUACUAUGCUUCCAUGUCAAGCAUGCGGCUGGGCUGCGAUAUGUCGUUCACCGUCUGUGCGCCGGAAGCGGCGCCGGCGAUAAAGUCUUACUCGCCGGAUCUGAUCGUGCAUCCAUUGUUAGACCAGCGAAAGAGUCAGGAAGAUGUGCGUGCCGAGCUGCGUACGCUUUUCCAGCGGCUGCACAGUGUCAUUAUAGGCCCCGGCCUGGGGCGGGAUGACUAUAUGCAGUCGUUCGCGCGCGUGGCUAUCGAAGUCGCUCGCGAGUCCAACUUGUACAUGGUGAUUGAUGCGGACGGCUUGUGGCUGGUGCAGAACACGCCUGAGGUGAUCCAGGGCUACCGCCGCGCUGUCCUCACACCGAAUGUGGUCGAGUUUCAGCGCUUGUGUCGCGCCGUGCGGCUCAGCUCGGCGCUGGGUGGCCCUACGAUUCUGGAGAAGGGCCGUGUCGACCGUAUCGCGACCGCCGAAGAUGUGGUCGAAUGCGACAUCGAGGGCGGCCUGAAGCGCUGCGGCGGGCAGGGCGACUUUCUCAGUGGCACACUCGGCACCUUUUUGGCGUGGGCCCAGCGGUACGAAGAGCGUGAGAAGGCGGGCGAAUCGCUCCCUGCAAUCCCUGCCUCCCAGCUCCCGCAGGUGGCUGCUCUGGGUGCCUCUAUGGUUACCCGCACGGCGUCCAAAUUGGCCUUUGCGCGUUACCGGCGCAGCAUGUUGGCGAACGAUAUGAUGUCCGAGGUAGGACCCGCGUACGAGCACCUCUUUGGCUCUGCAUAA